AUGAAGGCCGCCCGGAUCGCCCUGCGCACCGCCGCGCCCCUGGUCGGGGGCAGUGGGAGCAGCGGUGGCAACAGCAGUUUUCCCAGCGUUUUGGAGCACUUUUCCCGCUUCUCCCCCUCCCCUCUCUCCAUCAAGCAGUUGCUGGACUUCGGCUCAACUAAUGGAUGUGAGAGAACUUCUUUUUCAUUUUUGAGACAAGAGCUUCCUGUGAGGUUUGCAAACAUACUGAGAGAAAUUGAUCUUCUUCCUGAUAAAUUGCUAGGCACUCCAUCAGUACAGUUAGUCAAAAGCUGGUAUGUCCAAAGCCUAAUGGAGUUGGUUGAGUUCCAUCAGAAAAGUCCAGAUGAUCAAAAAGUCUUAUCUGACUUCAUAGAUACAUUAAUUAAAGUCCGAAACAGGCAUCAUGAUGUGGUUCCUACAAUGGCACAAGGAGUCAUUGAAUACAAAGACACUUUUAAAGUAGAUCCUGUCACCAAUCAAAACAUUCAGUAUUUUUUGGAUCGUUUUUACAUGAGCAGGAUCUCUACCCGGAUGCUAAUGAACCAACACACCCUUCUUUUUGAUGAUAAAUCUCGCUCGGGGCACCCAAGGCACAUUGGAAGCAUUGAUCCUUGCUGUGAUGUUGUUGAGGUGGUGAAUGAUGCUUUUGAAAGUUCCAAGAUGUUGUGUGAGCAGUAUUACUUAACAUCUCCAGAGCUGAAACUCAACCAAGUGAAUGGAAAACUUCCGGGAGAGCCAAUUAACAUUGUAUAUGUUCCAUCUCAUCUUUAUCACAUGCUUUUUGAGCUUUUCAAGAAUUCAAUGAGGGCAACUGUUGAAUUCCAAGAAAACAGCUCUUCCCUUUCUCCAAUUGAAGUGACAGUUGUUCUAGGACAAGAAGACCUGGCAAUUAAGAUCUCAGACAGAGGAGGUGGUGUUCCAGCAAGCAAAAUUGAGAAGCUGUUUAGUUACAUGUAUUCCACUGCACCCACACCAAGGAUGGAUGAUGGCCGGAAUGCCCCUCUUGCUGGUUUUGGGUAUGGCUUGCCAAUUUCUCGUCUGUAUGCUAAAUAUUUCCAAGGCAAUCUAAAUCUCUACUCCAUAUGUGGUUAUGGAACAGAUGCUAUUAUCUACUUGAAGGCCCUGUCAACAGACUCAGUAGAAAAACUCCCAGUUUUUAACAAAUCAGCCUUCAAGCAUUACCAGGCUACCACAGAGGCAGAUGAUUGGUGUGUACCAAGUAAAGGCCCAAGGAGUGGAUCAGAGCGGAGUGCAGCUGCAUGAAGCUGGUAUCCAAGCACUCAAUGGGAUCAAGCUGGCUUCUCAAAAAAUAAUGAUGUUUGGAAGUCUUCAUUUACCUCCAAACAAGACAAUUCUUCAUUUUCUGGACUGACAGAAAAGAAGAUCAGGACAUUGUAGCCUAGACUGUCUGCACUGAAUGUGAAAACUUGCUGUGGACUUCAGGAUGAGGAAAACAGGAGCACGUGAUAUCUUUAAAGAAAUGUGUAUAGAGGAGAAUCAGACUUCCCUUUUUUCCUUACGAUCAAAGACUCGAUGUGGUAGAGGUGUGCAAUUGCUGAGUCCUGUCAAAUGCUUGAAUUCUCAAUACUGCUAAAUGCCAGUUAUGCUGGUGUAUAUUUUUCUCUUAGAAUAGUUAUCAGCAGUUCGUCUUAGUACAGAACGUCUCAGGUAGAUAAGAAAACUCCUGUACUUCAAAGCUGUAUUUAUAACAUUUGGAAAAGAUCCACUUUAAAUGGCAGUCUUGUAGCAAGAUACAAACAACAACAUCCUCCUGAGAGGUAGGGAGAAAGUGUUUUCCAUGUAUAAGGAAAUCUCAUUUUUAAAACACCCUGAAUGAUCCUCCAGUAAUAAUUCUUCUGUGAUGCCUUGCUCUGUGAGUUUCAUUGCUAGAUUUUUCUUUUAUCCUAGGCUGCUCAUGGAAAACUAGACAAGUAAGGCUCCUGUGCAUAAGGUAACAAAGAAAUCAGCAUUUUUUAGAAAGCUGCUGGAAAGCAAUGGUUGGACCAGCUGCAAGGUAAUGCUACAUCCAGCCUACAUCCCUGCAAAGCACAUGCCAAGUCAGUUGGUCAGGAUUUUCCAAGAGCAGACAUGCAAGUUGAAUGGAAAGGUUUUGGUGUAUGUAAGUGUGACAUGGAAAACAGCACGUUCAAAACAAGAUUUUGUGGUUCCUUUUUGUCAUGCUGUUAGAUUAAUGGCUCAGUACACUAAACUAGAACCUGUCUGUUAUCUUUGGCAGCUUUCUAACGUAAAGAGGUACCUGGGAAUUCCACACCUGAAAGCUGUGAUGAGCACUGAAGGUCUGUUUGGAAGGUUUUCAGGAAGAGUGGUGUUGGAACUAGAGUUCUCCUCUAAGAACUCUUAAUUGCAAUGGAAAAGGCUUAGGAAGUGAGAAUUUUCAAACUGAGCAGUGCUGAAAACUAGAGAGUAACUUUGAUGGACAGCAGAAUAAUGGGGAAUUGUCACAGGAACAGUGCCAAUGGGAGAGAGCUGUUGCAAAAAUCUCCAUUCUCAGUAAGUUUCUUCCUUUCCAUCUUCUGUGUGCAUUUUCCCCCUUGUGAGCAAGGUAAACUUCACAAUGGAAUAGAAUUGAAACUAUUUGACAUUACCAAACUGGGCAGUCAGCUUGUCAGGGCUGCAUAACAUUACUUGAAUUUUUUUUUUUUUAAACUAAUUAGCACCUUAUCUUAAGUGUACGGGAUCCUUUGCAAGAAGUUGCAAGUGCAGUAUUUAAAGCAUCCUGCUCAGUCAUAGGAGAGUUUUCUAAGAUAUAUUUCUUGGACAUAAAGCCACUCCUUACUCUACUGUGAAUAUCAAAUGUCUCCUUUUGUGACAGGAUUUCUCAAUCAAAAAUAAAAUAGUGCUUCACUUCUUUUAAAAACGACAUUUAGAAGUGUUGAUGAUAACUACUGAGCACAAUGACUUCAGUACUGCAUCAAGGCUGGGUUUUAUCACAGUGGAUAAGCUGCAGGCAUCAAAGGGCAUCAGAUUGUAUUAGAGCUCAGCUCAGCAAAUGAACUGGGUAAUAAAAAUGAAAUAUAUUUGUGCAGACUAUAGAGUUGUGAAAAAGCUGCCUUCACUGCCAUAAGAACUUGAGUAGUUGUUGAUUUUUGUAUUGAAUACAAGGUCAAAAAAACAUAGCUGGGUGUAGUCAACGUUGUCAAGUUAACACAAAUUAGACCUCUCUCUCUGCACCUGAUGAUGCUUGCACACAAGCUGUCAUCUCAUGGUCUGCUGUACAUCUGUAAAUCUGUUGUCAUCUCAAGGUCUGCUGUACACCUGUACCAUAGCCACAGCUCAUUCAGGUGGGAGCUGUAACUUCUAUUUCAAAGCAGCUGAACCACACGGGUGCUGCAAACAUGUCUGAUGUUGUUUGCAGAGAGAAGCUGCUGUGCAGUCCUGACGCAGACAGAGGUGUGUCUGCAGCACUUAAGGAACCCAUGUGGAAUUUCUGUAGUAGUAAAAAUCACUGAAGGGCUAUCUAUCUAGAAAAUACAGUUUCUUUUUCAGUGUUUACUGAAUUUUUAUUCCUGAAGGUAGAGCUGUAAUUUUAAGCAUUGUGUGUCAAUGUUGAAAUAAUUUUAUAAUAAAGCCUUCUAAA